AUGAACAACACUUCUACCCACGACUUCAUGAACGUAGAUUCCUUCUCUCAGCUCCCCUUUCUCCGCCCCUCUCCUUCCAAAGAUAAAGACAAAUCCAUUCGUCUCUUUGGUCAGGAUUUCUCCCACGCCCCCAAAACCACCCAUACACCCUCCGACAACCACCACAACCACACCAUCUACACACAAAACGCCGAACCCACCCGCAGAUUUGAGUGCCAUUACUGUUGCAGAAACUUUCCUACUUCUCAAGCUUUAGGCGGCCACCAAAACGCCCACAAACGAGAACGCCAACACGCCAAACGACACCUCCACUCAGCCAUGCUCGACACCACCCUCCUCUCCGAUCCUACCACCUACGCUUUCACAAACCCCACCUUCACUUCCUCCACCAUCUCUUAUUCUUCUCACACAGCUUGGGAUUGUAACGCUGCUAGCGGAAGGUUCUAUGGAAGCUCCUAUCCGCACCAGCUUCAACCCAUCAAUGGAAGCCCCUUGGGCGUGUGGCGAAUCCCCAACGCCACUGCAGCCACUCACACCCACCACCAGAGUAACCCUAUUUUACACCGUCAAUGCGCCUUGCCUUUGCUUUCUGGCCAGGAAAUGGUGAAGGCGAGGAUGGGUCCCUCCCCUUCUGGCUCGCAGUUUGGUUAUGACCUCAAACCCAGCGUAAAGGACCAUGUGAGUUUGGAUCUUCAUCUGUAA